UGUGUCUCUGAAUUAUUACAGCUGAAUGCUAAUGAGUUAUGUCUGAAUAUGAUCCCCCAAAGAGGCGCUAUAACACCUGCAAGUAACGGUCUCGAUACCUCGGCCCACUUCGCCUCUAACGGCUCAUAAGCUUCGAACCUCCCUAUCGCAACCUCAUCCAUAAACUUGACUCAAUAUUAGGAACCACUCGACAUUGAUUUCCAGUUCAGACAACUGGAAGAUCAUAUAAAAUACACAACCAAAAGCCAAGAUGUAUAGCCCGACGCCUCCACCACCAGUCCCUCCGCCGAAACCAAGCAGCCAUGACGCAAGCCGUUUAGGCACGCCCGCUACCUCGAACUCCCCUCGACCACCCGCCCCAGUCCCGGACGAUACAUUCAUGAGAUCCAUUGAAGGAAAGGGGAAAUCUACAGCUACCAUAGAUGCGUCGGGCUUAAUUCCGGCACCUACUAUGACAGGCGAGCCACCUAUACCAGAAGACCCUGGCGAUCAAUGGCUACCCAAGAUUCUCGAAGACAAAUCAAAACAAGACCUAGCCGAAAUCCUCAGCAACCCCGCGAUCCUCGACGCACUAACCCACGCCUCAACCUCCGCGCACCCCUCCCUAACCGCAACCCGCGACGCCCUCCUCGCCGCGCUCGACGAGAAUAUAGCGCUAGCCUCUCACCUCACCGAUCUCGAAGCAAGACUCGGGAACCAGCGCGCGUCGGCACAAGCCCAACUUCUAUCAACUCAUGCGCUAGAACGCCAGUGGCGGCAAAAGCAAGCCGAGAUGGACGCUGCGCUCGCGCCGUUUGCACCGGCCGCGCUGUAUGCUAGGUUAGGGCAGAGUCUGGCGGAGCAGGAGGCUGUGUGUCGCGCGCUAGAGGAGAGCUUUUUAGAGGGUGGGGAUUCGCGGGGGGGUGAGCAGGAGUUGGCCACGGAGAGGGAGACGUUAGAGUGGGUUAGACGGUAUAGGGAUGCUAAGAAGGUGCUACAUCUUAGGCAUGAGAGGAGGGAGAGGUGGAAUGAACAUCGUGUUGGGGGGUGGAGGUAAGGCAUGGGGUCUUCGUCAUGUUGGGUUUGGUGCUUGCGCGCUACGGAUGGGAGCCUGGGCAAGCACAGGUUAGUGAUAACAUCAACGAGAUGUGCCUGUGUCGAACUGCUGGGUUGAUUCUAAUUCUGGCAUGCUUGAUCCUGGGAUCCUUUACGAGCACGUGCGCAUCAACUACCUACAACUGUCACCGACAUUGAUCAUGUUGACCGCCAGAUUCGUCGGUCGGGAUACCACAAACGAUCAUGGGAGGCCAAUAUCCCCUUCCUGCCGGCCUAUUACGAGGUGCUUCAUCGACUGUCUGGCAUCCCAGGACAUACAGAUACUACGAGCAGCUAUCCAUGCC